AUGGACACCAUCAAGAACGCCGCCAACUACGUCUCGGAGUCCAUCCAGGGUACCGGUGCUCAAGCUUCUAAGGAGGUCAACAAGGAAGUCGCCAAGGAUAGCGACGCUAAGCUGAGCACCCGUGCCUCUGCCGCCAAGGAUGCCCUCGUUGACAAGAAGGACGAAAAGUCUCACGACGUCAAGGCCGAUCUUAACAAAGAACAGGCUAAGCACUAA